AUGAAGAGCAUAGCCACUGUGCCCACCGCUGAAGUGCUUAUAGACACCUGCCUUUCUAGAACAAACAGAAGGACCCCAACAGAAAUACACAAGCACUACCAAAUUGGAAGAAUCAGAGAAUUCUACACACGAAAGGUGAAGUUUUCAUCCUCUAUGUACGUGGAGAAGCUAAAUGAAAUUAUUAACUCAUUCCCUCGAGUGGAUGAGGCCCAUCCAUUCACAUCCGACUUGAUAAAUGUGUUGUAUGAUAGAGAUCACUACAAAAUGGCUCUAGGACACAUUAAAACCGUUGUAUCUGCAAUUAGCAGAACCGAGAAAGAGUACACCAAGCUGAUCAAGUACGGAGAUUCUUUAUACAGAUGCAAGCAGCUUAAAAGAGCAGCACUGGGAAAGAUGUCUACAAUGGCAAAGAAACUGUCCAAGACUCUUGUAUACUUAGAGGAGGUGAGGCAGAGCAUAAUGCGCAUGCCAGAUAUUGACCCAACUACACGUACUCUUCUAAUCUGCGGGUAUCCUAAUGUAGGAAAGAGUAGCUUUAUGAACACUGUGAGUAGAGCAAAGGUUGACGUGCAGCCAUAUGCCUUUACAACAAGAAAUCUAUACGUAGGACAUUUUGAUUACAAGUAUCUUAGAUGGCAGAUAAUAGAUACUCCGGGAGUACUUGACCAUCCAAUAGAAGACAUGAACACAAUUGAGAUGCAAAGUGUGACUGCGCUUGCACAUUUGCGUGCAGCCAUUCUAUACUUUAUUGAUCUGAGCGAGACAUGCGGAUACUCUAUAGAAAUGCAGGUAGGGUUAUUUAGAAGUUUAUCUCCUCUUUUUGAAGGAAAGCCUGUGGUAUUUGUUCUUAGCAAGUCUGAUAUCAGAAAGUUUUCAGAGCUGGACACCGAGAGACAGGAGCUUGUAAAAGACCUUAUUGGAAACUGCCCCAGCGUAGAAGUGUCAUCUCUGGAAGAGCAUAAUGUGGAUCUCGCCAAGAACACUGCGUGCGAAAAUUUGCUAACACAUAGAGUAGAGCUAAAGAUGCAAGAAAAGAGACUUGAGGAGUUUAGAAGAUUCCUAGACAUUAAAAAGCCAAAGAUAGACCCAGAGUACAAGAGAGUUGCAGAGACCGACGAGUUUGGAAAGAGAGAGCAAACACAGAAUGAUCUAAGAAAGAAGGCCGAGGAACAGGGAAUAAAGUUCUUCUCAGAUUUGAAUGCACAAUACUUCAUCAGAGAUGAGUGGAAAUAUGAUGUGAUACCAGAAAUAUAUAACGGAAAAAACAUUGCAGAUUAUGUAGAUCCAGAUAUUGAGGCCAAACUACAGAAGUUAGAGGAAGAAGAGGAUUACUACAUGCAGGAGGUGUACAACAAGGAGUACGCCCUGCUAGACAAGUCAGAGUGCGACAAGAAGCAUAGAAUUAUAAACUCAAAGAUUCUUAAGAGACUGAAGGGGCUUGACAAGCAGAGAGAGAAUCUUCCUCAGCGUAUGAAGACUACAGCGCUUUGCAAGAAGAAAGAGGCAAUUGAAAGAGAGCAAGAAAAACCUAUUUCUAUGGAGAUAGAUGAUCCAAUGGCAGAAAGACUCAAGCCCGCACAGACUAGAAUUGUUCCGCUUACUCAGGAUGAAGAAAGACGCCUGGCCCGUAGCGACAAGCAUGUCAAGGAAAAGAAGCUCAGAGGAAGAAAAGACGACCGUGAUAGAGUGCAUCUCACAGAAAGGCCCAUGCAUCUGUUCAGUGGAAAGAGAACAAAUGGAAAGACACAAAGAAGAUAAAACUAAUAAAUUCGCAA